AUGCAGCAGAACUUGAAGCAGCAUAUGCUCGUACAUACAGGAGAGAAAAAGCACGUUUGCCCCGUCUGCCAUAAAGCCUUUUCGCAGAAAGGCAAUUUAACGUACCACAUGAACCAGCACUCUGGAAAGCGCCUCUUCACGUGCGAUCAAUGCGAUAAAACGUAUACGGAUCCUCAGUCACUACGAUCACACAAGAUUACACACACGAAUGAACGUAAAUUUCGGUGCGAAAUAUGCGACGAAACAUUCAAAUACAGAAGCUCUCUGGUUAUGCAUGUACGUUGCCACACUCAAGACAAGCGGUUUCCUUGCAGCGAAUGUGGGAGCUCAUUCAUUACCAGUUCGGGCUUGAAAAAGCACACGCGAACACACACUGGAGAACGACCGUAUCCCUGUGCCGAAUGUGGGAAAUCCUUCAAAUCGUCCAAUAAUUUAAGCUUGCACAAACUUUCCCACACCAAAGAGCGUCGAUUCCAGUGCGACGUCUGUGAGAGCUGGUUUAGCUACAAAAACGUCCUGAAAACGCACAUGAACAUUCAUCUAAGGACUAGUAGUUUGCAACACGGUGAUAAAAAGGAGAUUAAAAGGCAUGACGAGCUUGAAUAA